AUGAAAGCCUCUCAACCGACAUUUAAAGUCGGGUUAAACCCGGAAGAGAAAGCACUUUAUACGCAACUAUUCAAAUCACUUGACCCUGAAAAUACCGGUGUAAUUACUGGUGAGAAUGCCAGAUCAACGUUUGAAAAGUCUGGCUUACCACCAGCAAUAUUGGGAGAAAUAUGGCAGAUUGCUGAUCAAAACAAUUUGGGUUUUUUGAAUCAAUUUGGUUUUUGUUAUGCCAUGAGAUUGAUUGGAUAUACACAAGCGGGCAAUCAUCCUAAACCCGGUUUAGCUGAUGUUCCUGGCCCGUUGCCAAAGUUUGCUGAUUUGCCAAUUCCUCGUACUCCAUCGGCUACAAUUCAGCCUCAAUCUACAAACAGUUCUUUCCUUUCAACUCAACCAAGCAAUGCGGUUCCGCAGUCAGCAGCUCCUCAAGAAUCAUUUUCGGCCGUGUCGCCGCAAGAUUUCAACAAGUUUUCGCAACUUUUUGUUAAAACCGUGGGAUCCAUAAAUGGUGAAUUGAAUGGUAAUCAGGCCAAGGAUAUUUUCUUGAAGGCAAGACUUCAAACAUCUGUUUUGGGUCAAAUAUGGAAUUUGGUUGAUAGAAACAACACGGGUUCAUUGAAUGUAGGUGCGUUUGUGAUUGCAAUGCACUUGAUUCAAGGAUUAUUGAGCGGAAGAGUAAGAGAAUUACCACCAUUUUUGCCAGAGUCAAUAUGGAGCUCUGUAGAAGGAAACAAGCAGAAACUGCAACAACAAUUGCAACAACAACUGCAACCACCACAGCAACCACCACAGCAGUAUCCUCAAGUACACCGUCUGAACUCGUCUCGUCAGCCUUCAGGUGCUUCUGUCCACUCUCAGCUGACUGCGAUCCGUCACCCUCCGAGUCGUGUUAGCUCUUCAAAUCCACAAGUUGGAGAAUGGGUAGCUACACCAACAAUGAAAGCUCAGUAUGAUUCAAUCUUUACAAAUUUGGAUAAAGAAAAUACAGGCCAAUUGAACCCCGAUCAAGUAGCCUCGUUUUUGAUGACUUCGAAGUUGGACCAACAAGAUUUGGCGCUUAUUUGGGAUUUGGCAGAUAUUCAAAACACAGGAAUUUUCACGAAAUUGGAGUUUGGGAUUGCACUUUUUCUUGUUAAUCGUAAAGUUUCGGGCAAGAGUUUACCCAACGUUAUACCAAACAGCUUGAUUUCGUCAUUGAGUGCACCAUCUCCAACGACAUCGUCUUCAAACCCCCCACCUUCACAAAAUUCUGCUUCUGGAAGUACCUUGGCUGCCCCACCUUUGCAGCAACACAAUUCGAAACCAAAGUCCUCAAUUGACGACUUGGCUGAUAUUUUCAGUAGUCCAUCUCCCUCAAUACCUAGUACUGCUCAACAAUUGCAACAACCGCAACAACCGCAACAAUCACCACAACAUCAAUAUCAACAGCAACAGCCCCCACCACAACCACAACCCCAGGGUCAUCAUUUGCAACAAAGGAUUUCGAGCUCAGACCUAUCCAAAUCUGAGUUGCCUAAAGUUCGCUCUACUCUAACUGGCUCUUUCAAGCCAACGUCCACUUUUGGCCAAACCUUGAUGCAAAAUUUACCUUCUCCUUCCGAAGUUCCUGAAAGUAAAGCGUAUGACAAUUUACUUGGCGAAGAUGUUAAACCUGCACAUCAAAGUUCAGCUCAGGGUAGUCCUCAGAAAUCACCUGUCCCCGUACUUGCACAAGCUCAGGCUCAACCACAGCAACAGCAGCAACAGCAGCAGCAACAAAAAACUGUAAACUACGAUGCUUUACGCAAUGUUCCUCCGCCUCCUAAAAAAGGUUCGCAAACUGGUGCUAGGGAAAUUAGUCGUGAGUCCCAAACUUCUUCGCCACAAUUGCAACAGCAACCACAGCAACCACAGCAACCACAGCAAUGGCAACAAUCUAGCAACAACAAUGAUUUGUUAGCAGACCCUGCACACUCUGCACAAUUGUCUCAAGCAUCCUCUGACCUCGCAAAUGUUUCAAACCAAAUCAAUUCAUUACACACGCAAACAACUAAUCUUCACGAUAAGAAAUUAAAGGCUGACCAAGAACUUCAAAAGAUACUUUCAGCAAAGAAAGAAUUCGAAUCAAAGUUGAAGACUUUGAAAGCAUCAUACGAAAAUGAAGUGGCACAAGUAAAACUGGUUGAGGAGAGUUUGGUCACGGCUCGAGAGGAAAGCGAGGCAUUGAGAUCUGAGGCAUCAAUUGCUGAGGCUAAGCUCAAUUCGCUUUCCAGCGAAUUAAACGAAAAGCAAGUGGCUGUUGAAAGCUUGCAGAAGGAGAACAACUCGUUGAAAGAAAAGCUCGGUGCAUUAAAUGCGGAAUCUGGCGAACUUGAAAAACAGCUUGCCCAGGUUAGGUCGCAAGCACAAGGCAUUCAGAACCAAGUAGCUGUUAAGAAAUCUCAAGUGCAGGUGGUCAUUGUUAAAAAUCAAGAUUUAAAGAGUGAGAUUGCCGAGAUUGAAGAGCUGCAUAAGAAAUUACAACAAGAGAUUGAUAAUGCUGAGACGGAAAGAUUACACCAGCUUAAGAAGCAGCAGGAGUUGGAAGCAAAGAAAAAAGAAUUAGAUGCAAACAAACCUUCCAAGCCAAGUGCCGGUCUUGAAAAUACAGGGCUUAUAGCAGGUGCAGGUGCCGCUGUGGGUGCAGCAAUUGGUGGAGUAGCUAGUGCAGUUUCACACACCUUGAGUGAUUCCACCAUGAGCGGAGAUGAUGAAAACACUGUUACUAAUACUAGUACCAAUACUAAUACUAAUACCAACAGAAGUAGUGCUAGUAAUAGUUCUGGUGACAGACAGACUAGAACGCCUUCCAAUUUGUCAAAAGAGGUGAAACAACUUUCACUUGAUGAAGGAGGUGCUAGUACCGACAACGCAACUAACGCUACAUCUUCAGUCGCCACAGAUCGUGCUAUUGAAACUGAUACACCAAUUACCUCACCAACAGGUUCGGAAUACCAAUAUCCACACGGUGCCAAUGCAGGAAUUGCAGGAAUUUCCGGGGGUAUGGUAGGAAUGCCUGGUGUGCUCGUUGGAGUACAAAGAACAGACUCAUUGACAUCUAGUGUUCAGAACAAUGCCGCAUUAUCUGUAAGAGAUGACAAUAUUGAUGUUUCCGAUAGGGAAACUAUUGAUCAAGUUCAAGAGGAAACUCGUGAUAGUGAUAAAGGUUCUUCGUCUUUUGAAAUGGUUAAUUCUGCUGAUGCAAGAUCACCGGAGGAGUUCCCGCCAAUCAGAGAGCUUGAUUAUCAAGAAAGUGACUCUUCUGAUGAAGAAGGCGAAAGACCAGAACCUGGAAAUAAUUACAGAGAGAAUGGAGACGGUACUUCAACAAAUGGUAUUGGUAGUGCUGGUAAUAGUGGUGGUAGCGGUGGUACCAAUGCUGGUAAUAGUGGUGGUAAUGGCGGCACUGAUCAACCUUACGAGUCUGAAACAUUGAAUGAUGAUGAAUUUGCUGAUCUUGAACCUGCUGCAGUUGAUGACAAUAAUUUGAAUGAGGAAGAGUUUUUUGAUGAUGAGUUUGACAAUUUGGAGGAUGCACAAUUUGAUAAUGCUGGUGAUGAUGAGUUUUACAAGGACGAUGUUAAAUUUAAUAACGAGUUCACAAACUCAAACGCACCUAAUUUUGGUGGCUCCAUUGGCGCUGGUGGCGUUGGUAAUGAUGGAUCUGCACCAAUUUCUGGCUCUGCUGAUAACGAUGAGUGGGAACAACUAUUUGCAGGGUUUGGCAAUUCCCAGCCGCUGGCAACAGAAGAGACAGAAAAAGAGCUUAGUAAUGUGGCAGGAACUCAGUCACCGCAGUCACAGUCUGAGCAACUUGAAUCAAGUACUACAAUUCCCGGUGAUUUCCCUGCAUCGCCAGAUUUUGAUCCAAAAACAAACUUUGCGGUGCAAGAAUUGGUUGGAAUGGGGUUUGAAGAAACUACAGCUAUUGAAGCUUUAAAAGAUCACAAUGGGGAUUUGGAAGCGGCUACGAAUUACUUGUUAGAUAACGCUUGA